CUCCAACCUGAUCAGCCUCAGGCCAAACGAUCAGAUCAAAUCAGCUGGGGUGGAACCUCAGCUUUCCUCUGCAAUUGCCAGCCAUUGCCAGCCACGGCUUAUUUCACCAUCCAUCUGCAGCAAGAAGACACCGCUGGUCUCUAGGAGACAGAAGAAGAUGGCCUCUCGUGCAGUGGCAGAGCUGGAGAACACCAAGGAUUGCAACCAAGCUGGGAAACCUCUCCUCUGCCCUUCCCAUCCCACAGAGGAGCUACGGCUGUUCUGUGAGCAGUGUGACCAGCUUGUGUGCCAGAACUGCAUCACAUACAGGCACCAGCAGCACCCGUAUGACUUCACUGGCAAUGUCAUCCACAGGCAUGGGGAUGCCCUGCGGGAGAUGCUGAAAAACACCCAGGAGCACAUGGAUACCCUAAAGGAUGUGCUGAGCCAGAUUGAUGACAUGGGCAGCGCCAUCCACAGCCGCGCAGGGGCUGUGGCUACAGAGAUCUGUCUGUUUGCCAGUGGAUAUGUGAAAGCAAUUGAAGAGCACCGACUGAAGCAGCUGGAGGAUUUGAAGGUGCAGAAGGCAAACCUGCUGCACUUGCAGAAGGCCCGGCUGCAGCAGCUGCUGCUGGACAUGAGGACAGCUGUGGAGUUCACAGAACGCUUGCUGACUAGUGGCUCGGACCUGGAGAUCCUCAUCACCAAAGGAGAAGUGGCAAGCCGGCUGGCAAAGCUGAACAGCAUUGCUUAUAACACUCACUCCUGCGUGGAUGAUGGGAUCCAGUUCUGUCCCAAGAAGAGGGCAGGGCAGUGUUGUGGCUAUGAAGUUUUUGGAGCCAUUCUCAAUAAAGUGUUAAAUCCAUCCAGAUGUACCCUGCACGGGGAAGGUAAAGCGGUGCUCUACAACAGCUGAAUGGGAGCUCACUGCUUCCUGAAGUCACCUCUCCGUUCUCUGUACCCACAUGGGGUGCAGCUUGUGGCACUGAUGGCUCCCUGCUCUCCACGCAGUCCCAAAGGACAGAGGCAGAGCUCUGCCAGAGGUUGUAUUUCUUGCUGGGGGCUUAUGGGAUGCGUGCUGGACAAGGAGACCAAGAGCUCUCCCCAGCCAGAUGUGACAAUGUACUGGAGCUGCCUUCUGCAACAUCACUGACCUCAGCACAGGCUGAGGUGUGAGGAGAACAACCUGUAGGCCAAAGACCACAGUUUACUCAGGGGAUGGCACCUGCAGUGGCAGGAUGUGAUGCUCACCAGGUGGCCCCAGCUGCUCUGCAGCACAGGUCCAGACAAAUUCCAGCUUUGGCUGAAUCUCCGCAGUGCCUGUCAGAACCCAUUGACUGUUUUUACCCUGCUCUGCAAUGACACCGUGGGUGAGCGGAUGGUACAAGGAGGAGAGGCUGUACGGGUCACCAUCAUCCACAAAGACAAGAGGGACUGUGCAGUCAAGCCAAAAGUGUGUGAUAACAAUGACGGGACCUACCAAAUUUCCUACAGCCCUGAAGAGCCAGGCUUGUAUGCUUGCUGUGUCUAUGUGAAAGGGCAGCAUGUACAGGUAGCCUUUCUUGUUUCUUUUGCACUGCUGCUUCUUUACCUGCUUUUCUUUUCUAAGUAUUUUCUUCAAGUCUUUCUAAGGAUUGCCUCUGCCACUUAGCAGUUUAAAACUGGGCAUAGUGAUCUGUGACUGACAGGAUCACAGAUACAACAUCUGAUAGCAUCCACUGUAGUAGCCUCUCUGCUUGCUUGUCCUCUUCAGGGCUCUCCGUUCACUCUGAUUGUGAAAACCAAGUUCCGUGAGCACCAAGGCAUGUUUCACUGCUGCACAUUCUGCUCAAGCGGAGGGCAGAAAGCUGCUCACUGUGCCUGUGGGGGAACCAUGCCUGGUGAAUGCUCAGCUUUCCCAUGCUGCUGGCAGCAGGAAGGUUUCUUGGAUUUGGUUCUCCCUAGUGUAAAUAGGUGUGAGUGGAUACUCCAGCCCAACUCCUGCAUUGUACAUGCACCGGGCCUGUGAUAACCUGUGUGUACAAAUCUUCUUGUAGAAGACUGCAGCAGUGAGAAAUGCAGCACACCCAAUGGACAGAGAACUGAGUCAACUCUGCAGGAGAUGGAGUAGAGCAGCUCUGUCAUUCAGCCCUUCCCAGUGAUGCUAAGUAGCACACUGUGUCUAUACUGUUCCUGUUCCAGUGCUGGCAGGUUGGGAGCUUCCAGGCUGUAUCGUACAGUACUUAAAGCUGUCCUGUGGAAAAGACUUCUCAUUUAGGAUGAGAGUUCAACUUGCUUAUUUGUUUAAUCCCCACCAGCUUCCCUGCCCUUGACCUGCAUGUGACAUUCUGUAUUUUGCAUAAUUUAAUAUAGAAUGAGCCUCUUUUUCUGUGCUUGUUCUGUAUCAAGCUCUGGCCAUAGCCAUUGAGCAGUUGGCACAGGGCUUUGCAGGUCUGUGUCUGCCGUUACUCAACAGGCCAGGGGACAGAAAUCUUCAGCUUUCCUGAGUAACCGAAAUAGGGAGGUUCCCCUUUGUUGCUCUCCUUUCUUU